AUGUCUCUCCCUUCGAAAAUGAAAGCCCUGGUCACCGUCGAGGGCCACACGACUCAGGUCCAGGAGGUGCCGCUCCCCUCGCUCGACAAAGACGAGAUCCUCGUCCGCACGCUUGCCGUCACCAUCAACCCCACCGACUGGAAGCAUGUCGCCCUCAUUUCCGAACCAGGCAGCAUCGUUGGCUGUGACUUUGUCGGUAUUGUCGAGCAGUUUGGUCCCGAAGUCCGAAACAAAACGCUCAAAAAAGGCGACCGCGUUGCAGGCUUCGUUCACGGUGGACGCAGUCCCGACCGCGGCAGCUUUGCUGAGUAUCUCAAGACCAACAGUGAGAUCGUUGCCACCAUCCCCGAUAAUGUCGAUGACUUGACCGCUGCCUCGCUCGGAAUCGGCGGAGAGACGGCAGUCCAGGCGUUGUUCCACCGUCUGGCCCUGCCUGUCCCCGACUUCUCUAACGGGCCCAUCAAGGUCACCGACGACGCACCCGAGAUUCUCAUCUGGUCCGGAAGCACCACUGUCGGCCAAUGGGCCAUCCAGCUCGCUCACGUCUCUGGAUACAAAGUCAUCACCACCGCCAGCCCCAAGAACCAUGCUCUUCUGCGCGACCUCGGUGCCGACGACCUGUACGACUACCGCGACGAGACCACCCCGCAGAAAAUCGCCGCCAAGUACCCCAACCUGAGCAAGGCGCUCGACUGCAUCUCCGAAAACGGUACACAGCAGCUCUGUGUCAAGUCCCUCGGCCCCAAAGGCGGCGACGUCAUUGUUCUCCUUAAGCCCGACAAGGAGGCCAUCGAGCUGCGUAAGGGCGAGGUCAACAUCAUUCACACGCUCGCCUACACCGCUCUGGGACGUCCGUUCACUUACGGCAAAGCCGUGUAUGACCAGGACCGCGUGAGCGCCGACUCAAACCUGAUGAAGGAGUGGCUCAACGGCAAGGAGGGUCACUUUUACAAGCUGUUCCAGAAAGGCCUUCUCCGCGGCAACAGGAUCAAGGAAAUGUCCGGCGGACUCGAGAAGAUCCCUGAAGGUCUCAAAUACGUGCAGGAGGGCAAAGCCUCUGCCGAAAAGCUCACGUACCGGAUCAGCUCGUAG